UAUGGCCCAAGUUUCGCAGGCAUGUGGGGCAUCAUUCCUUUUGUAUUAGUUUGGCUGCCAUGGGCCCAUGCCAACCCCUUGUCACCGGGAAAUGGGACAGCCGAUUGGGCUACCGCUAAUUCCCUGGUGGUUGUGACCUACAAUUUGUAUUGGUGGUGCGUUUCGGACGAGUAUGGGAAUUGCCCGCAAUUUGCGCAGGGCAAAGGAUUUGCGCAACUCUACAGCCGACUGCGGCAAAACGGGCCAUUUGACCUGAUUGGUUUCCAAGAGUGCGACAAUCCAGGACAAAUCAUUGCAGGGACGAGCCUGGCUUCAACCUUCGGUUAUUACACGCCGCCAGCAGGUAACGAUGCGCCGAUGGCAUGGAAUCAGCAGAAGUUCAAGGUGUUGGAAGGUCCUGGCGUGCAAUGGGUCGCCAAGGACAAAUACGGAGAUCGCCAUGUGAAUUGGGUCAGACUCCAGGUCAUUGGCAGCAGCGACACUAUUUUCUUUGCGAACACACAUGGGCCUUUGGAUCAAUGCGGCGGACAGCCUGGCAGUAAGGUGGCGGCAAACUACAUCAGUGCGGUCAACCAGCACAAGAAGCCCAAAGAUGCGGUUAUCUUUACUGGUGACUUCAAUUGUGGCAGCAACCAGGAUACCAUCAAAGACUUGUCCCAGGUCUUGAAGCUGGAUGCAACAGACAGUUCCUACAACGGAGCCGACCACAUUUUCAGCAGCUCUGGAGUGUCGGUGUUUUGGAAGGGGGCCAGUGAGGGCUCCCCUUCGGACCACCAGCUGCUGAAGGCUGUGUUGAGCCUGGGCGACAGCCCGUCCACAUGCCACGUCGCACCACCGCACAAUGGGGGAUGCUGCACCUCUUGCCGUUACAACCACUAUUGCCCGAGCAACAAGGGAUGCUACGCCACUGGCCAAAGCGGCUGCAGCGGAGGGUAUUGCCCUGCACCUGCGAAGGAGGUGGAGAUGGUGGUGUGAGCCUAGAGCAGCAAACCAACGGAGGGCACUUGGCUCCUGCGAAAAACGCAACGUGGCAGUCACGGGUGCGAUGGCAGCAGAAGUCCACUGGGUAUGGUCGAG